AUCCCGUGAGAUUUGUUUAUUAUUAAAUUUUCUUUGUGCUGAGGUGAGAAUUGACUAGAAUUUUUCUAAUCUAGCUUAAAGAUCGAUUAGAAUGAUUCAGGUAGUCUCAGAUUAUUAAUCUUAUCAGAAUUCCUCUCGUGGAUAAUGAACUUACAAAAUAAUACCUCAGUCGAUCGUUCAUUUCUCCCAAAUACAGUAGUACGUCAUGUCCAGCAUAAAAUUAAAUAUUUGUUUCGGGUUUUUUCUCGGGCUGGGAAUAGUUGUGGCUAUUCUCGCACUAGUCUCUAAAUUCAUUGUGUUUCCGAAGAUUAUUAACAACGAAAUAGCUGAGGAGAUUCAACUGAUAAAUGGCUCAGAAGCGUACGAUAGAUGGGUGAAAAUACCUUUUCCAAUUAUCUAUAAAGCGUAUUUUUUCAACGUGACAAAUCCUGAGGCUGUGUCUCAGGGAGAAAAACCAAUUCUGCAAGAGGUUGGGCCGUAUAUUUACCAACAGCAUAGGGCGAAAUUGAAUAUCACCGACAGACUGGAAACCCUAGGAUAUAAUGAGCACCAACUCUUCGAAUUCGAUGCAAAGGCCUCGUAUCCUCUCACCGAUUCGGAUCCGAUUAGAAUUGUCAAUUUGCCGCUGAUGGGACUGAUCGAUACAACAGAAAGAGAGACCCCAGCCCUCGUGCGAUUCCUCGAUCUAAUCAUUCCCCAACUCUUCGAUAAUCCCAAGAAUUUAUUCCUGACGACGACUCCCAAAGAUUUCCUGUUCGACGGAAUAUUCUUAAAUUGCCAAAGCAACAAUGUUCUCCUGCGAAUCUUCUGCAAAUCAAUCGAGAAACUAGCACCCCGGACCAUGGUCCGACAGGAAGACGGCAACAUCAAGUUUUCAUUUCUGAGUUACAAAAAUAAUACGGAUGAGGGGAGAUUCGUCGUGAAUAGCGGAAGAAUAGAGCCCGAAAGGGUGGGUCAAUUGUCAUCAUGGAAUGGGUACAAUUUAACUAACAUCUGGCUGACCAACAGCUCCUGCAAUAGAAUAUUUGGAACUGACGCCACCAUCUAUCCCCCUUUCGAUAGCACGGACUCCAUUUUGGACACAUUUUCCAUCGAUUUGUGCCGAACAGUGUCCUUGGAGUAUUCAGAACCCAUUGUAUAUUCUGGGAUUGAUGGAUUACGAUUUGUAGCGAAGAAAUCGACCUUUUUGUCCCCGGGACAGGAGCCUUUGAAUCAGUGUUACUGUCUCCACAAAACUAAGGGAAUAUUGGGACAAGAUGGAUGUUUGUUGGAUGGAGCCCUGGAACUAUUUUCGUGUCACGGAGCGCCAAUUGUCUUCACCCACCCACAUUUCUACUUGACCCACCAAACAUAUCAAAACGGUGUUAUCGGCCUGAAGCCUAAUUCUAUCAAACAUCAGAAUUUUGUAGACUUGCAGCCUAACACUGGAGCCCCUUUGAGGGGAAGUAAGAGAGGACAAUUCAAUAUCUUCUUGCGUUCAGUCGACGGUGUGUCGCUGACUUCCGGUCUGCGGACAACACUCAUGCCCAUUCUAUGGUUCGAUGAGGGUGUGGUACUCAGCGAUAAAUAUGUAGAUAUAUUGAAGGUCGACUUCUUAGACAAAAUGCGGUUCAUUGAAAUUGGAGGCUGGGCUAUAUUCGCCUGCGGUACCGCCACCUGUAUCCUAAGUUUUGUGGUGUUUAUCAGUUGUCGAUGUGCAAAGAAAAAUAGUUGAAAAUAAACUAGAUAUUUUCUGGUUUAUCUCAAUGGCUCAUCUCUUCCUUUUUUAUAAGAGGUUUCUCGAAAAACAUUAUUUUGUGGAUUGGGUCAUUCGUACUAUCAGUUCUUGUUCAAUUACGAAUAGUGAAUAUAAUAUUUCAUGGCUAUAUCGAUAUUAUAUCAA